GAAACACGAAGGAGGUUCUUUGCUUUAUACUUUAACGCUAUCGCAGUGGGGAGAAUAGAGGUCUUACCUUUAUAUCACCGCCUUGGAUUACCAAACUAAAGCAAUGUCUGGAUGUUCAUCUAAAGAAUUCAUUCAACUGAAAACACCUGAAGAAGGAAACUGGAUUUCCCUUGGACGGGCGUUGACAACACAUCUCUGCCAAGGCCUUCGCCCUUUUAUAAAGAGAGAAACUGAGGCCUUCUACAAUAAUUUAAGGGCAGCGAUUGCAGCUGGAGCGUGCAUCUGUGUUUAUGAUCCGGGAAGGAAACCAAAUCAGUACCAUGACAUGGGAGCCUGCAAAUGGGCAAACGCCCUUCAAGGUUACCACCUCGGAAGAAGGUUGAACUGGAAGCAAAGUGAUUCCAGUAAAUGGUUGGACCCAAAUAUUGGUCCUUGGGAGAUAGUUAAACUUUUCCUCCCAGAUGUCGGAAUUCAUACGGUUAUAGAAAGUGUCGAUGACUUGGAAAUUACCAAUAUUCUUAACUUAAUGUUCUGGUGCAAUCAUUUCACCGUCCAGCGCCCACUGAUAAAAGAUGUUCGAGACAUUCGAAACACAAAAUGGGCUCAUGUACUGAAGUUGGAGUUGUCCGAAACAGAAAAGAAGGAUGCUUUUGACGCAAUUGAGGAACUACUCAAAGAUCCAGCCCUUGCGAGUGAUUUAGAUGUCCAGAAUGCCCUGCAGGAAAUCUCAACUCUGAAAAGCAAAAGAGACAUGCACUUUUGUAGAGCAGAGGUUUUGUACCAUUUUAUACAGGUGAUUCAAAAUGACAUCACAGACCAUAAAAAUGAAAUUAAAAUGUUUCAAAAGGAAUCAAAUAAAAAUAGGAAACAACGUAGUCGUGUGGAGGGUCAACUACGAAAGCUCCAAAAGGCCCAAGAAAACUUGGAGAAAAAAACCAAAGGUACCAUUUCCGUGCCACGCCUCGUUGCCUACCGUCUGCUUAACGUUGGAUGCUAUCUGGUCAGAGGUGCUACAGCUAUAAGGCAAAAGCCGGUCGGUACUUUGACGAUGUUCUUGGUCUUUUUUUGUUUCAUUUGCAAUUUAGACGACAAGUCAUAUGGGGAUGGAUGUCCAGCUGAAGAUGUCAGUGUUCCAUUCGACACCAAAGAGUUCAACUUGACCGACUACUUAGCUGGGGCUCGAGAAAACUUCAUUGGUCGUCGAUGGUUAUAUAAUGAGAUAGAAAACGCCCUCCAUCCCCCAAGUACUGUUUCUGGCGUCAUGAUUGUCGGAGAUCCAGGGGCUGGUAAGUCUGCAUUAGCUGCCCAAUUGGUUUGUUCCCGUUCGUCAAGUCGCACUAUCCACGAGCAUAUAUUGGGAUACCAUCUUUGCAAACAUUCUGACAAAAAUACACGAAUUGCCGGCAAAUUUGUUCGUAAUUUGGCAGAAAUGAUAGCUCGGAGAAUCCCAGAAUAUGGUUACAUUGUCUCGAACAGCUCCUAUAUUCUGAGAUCACUAAAUACUGAUUGUGUAGGCAUCCAAGAUCCUGUGGGGUGCUUCGAACAAGCAGUUUUGUCACCCCUGAAAAGCCUGACAAAUGUACCUAAGGAGAAUUGGUAUGUUGUCAUAGAUGCUCUGGAUGAAUGUCUCACACAGACAGAAACAAGUCAUAGCAUCGUUUAUUUGCUCAACAAUAAGCUUCCUCGGUUUCCAUCUUGGCUGAAACUUGUGUUGACAUCCCGUAAUGAAUCGAGUGAAUCUUUAAAUUCAGGUAGCAUCGCCAAGUUAAGCAUCAAUCCUGAAGAUUCUCGAAAUAUCGAAGACAUCGAACUGUUUUUGACCACAAGGUUUUAUCGAGAUGGUCCUCUACUUUAUAGAGUGAAGACCUGGUUCGGUGAGAGCAGCGUAGAAAACACUGCGAAACUGAUAUCUGCCUUGUUACGUAAAAGUCAGGGAAAUUUCCUGUUUGUUAAGGAGAUGAUUCAUCACUGGGAGACCACAAGGGUCAAACGAAAUGAUCCUUAUGCACUACCUGAAACAUUAGGGGAAUUGUACCACAGUUAUUUCCAAAGAUUAUACGAUAAAAGAGAGCAAUUUAAACCUGUGCGUCGGGUGUUAGAAUUACUCGUAUCAACGUUUCAUCCAAUGACACAGCGUGAAAUUUUUGACGUACUCAAGAUGAAUGAAAAACAACUGGAAGAAGAUUACGAUUUUCGAGAUCGAAUGAAAGAACUUGGGCAUUUUGUACGAUAUGGAAAGAAUAACACAUUGACGUUGUAUCACUUGUCUCUAACCGAGUGGCUUACAGGCAACAGCAAUAAAAAUGGCCCAUUUUAUGUCAGCAAAAAGAAAGGUCACGAAGUUUUUUGUGACUAUUACCUUCGGCUUAUUAGUGAUGGAGGUAAAUCUGCGCUGUCAAAAUAUAUUCUUACUUUGGCGCAACACAUUGCCUGUGGCGGUUGGAGGGAGGCAUAUGUUAAAGAAUUUCUCAAUUUUCCUUCACACGUUGUCAAUUCAUCAGACUCAGGAAACAGUAGGACGUUACUGCACCAUGCUGCUACGAUCAAUAGCACAGAUGUAUUAGAACUAUUGCUACGCCAUUUUAGUUGCAUAGACUGUGCUGAUAAGCGUGGAAUAACACCUGCAUUUUUGGCGGCCGAGCACGGACUUGUUGAAAAUCUGGUUCUAUUGGUGAAGAGAGGAGCUAGAGUAAAUCGUAAAACAAAGUCAGUAAAGACCAAAAACAUCCUGAAUGGUAUAGACGCAUAUAAGAUACACGACUCUUAUAUUCCUUUUUCUGAAAUUAAAUCAAAAUUUUGGGGGGCCACUAUGCUCUACGGUGCUGCUCACGGAGGCCACCUGGAGGUUGUUAGGUUCCUUCUCGAAAACGGUGCAUUAAUUUCGACGGAAAGCGAUGUUCAUCUAACAGCACUUCAGGUUGCUGCUGAGAAUGGACAUGUAGAGGUUGUUAAGACUCUUUACAAAUCCGGUGGAGUUGCAGAUCAGACUGCUCUACAUCAUGCAGUCGUAAACAACAGGCUGGACGUUGUAAAAUACCUUUUACAAAUCGGUGUCAAGGAUAAAUGCAUAAGAUGUGAUGGAUCUCUCUACUGGCUGAAGACAAAACACCGUUAUCAAAGCCAAGUUAGGUUAGAAAACUUUUCUUUUCCCAUCAACAAACACUGCGAAUCAAGCUAUAAAUCAGCUAAUGGCCCGCUGAUAGACGAUGAAUGCAUUAAACGUGAUGCUGUAUCCAAAAACAUUGAAUUCGGCGAACUGUUCGACGACAAACAUCUAAUUUUCUGUAAUACUGCGCUCCACGCAGCAGUCUCCUUAGGUCAUAAGGCAAUAAUCGAGGAGCUCGUCUCACGAGACAAAUGGGUGUUAGCGUGUCGUGAUUACUCAGGAAGGACACCACUGCACGAGGCCGUACGAAAGAACAAUACAGAAUUAGUCAAAUUUCUGCUCUCGAAAGAUGAAACAAAGAUACAUUCAACAUGUGAUCGAUGGCAGGACAUUCAGCCACAUACUGAAACAGGGCGUAGUUUGGUGCUGAGCUAUAAAGAGUCCAGUGAAUACCACGGCGAUGUAUGCCACUGCGGAUAUACCCCCCUCCAUCUGGCUGCGCGCUAUGGAUAUCGGAAAGUUGCUCUUACUCUUUUGGAGAACAAAGCAGGUGUUGGAGUUAAGGACUGCUCUGGUGCAACGCCACUUCAUGUGGCUGCUUGUCAUAAUCACCAGAAUAUCAUAUAUAUUCUUUUGAAACUCGGUACUGACAUUAAUAGCCGAUCAUUUAAUGGUUCGACACCCAUUCACAGUGCUGCAGCAUGUGGUGCUAUUGAGGCAAUUAGCCAGUUAAUUUACCAUGGAGCAAACAUUAACCAAAUCGAUGACAGCGGGCUCACGCCUUUGCAUUAUACCAUACGAAAUAUAACUUCAAAUCACCGUAGAGGCCAUCUUGCUAGUUUUUAUAAGGAGGGAAUCUACUGGAAGAACACAGAUCUUUAUCAGUGGUUAGAUGCCUUCAUUCAUUUGAUCCUACUCGGUGCUGAUAUGAAUGCUGCUGACAAAUUAGGUCGAUCAGCAUUGCACAUAGCAGCUGAAAACGGUUUGGCUGACGCAGUUAAUGUUCUUUUGCAAAGAAGAGCGAAGCUUGAAAUGCACGACGGGUUGAAGAGAACACCAUUGGAAGUGGCAAUCGAAAAGGCCAGAAUACUACCUGAGCAUUCGCGCGUAAUCCUUCAUGAGAAGAACUUUCAGGCCUUGCGUGGAUAUUUGCAAGAUCAUGAUUUGGUCGUACACCUUCUUCUCUCGUCCGGUGCUUCAUUUACAAAGUGUAAUAGCUCCGGCGAAAACCUAUUACAUCGCGCUCUCCUCAAUAAACAGCCAUAUAUUGCACAGCUGCUACUUUUAAAGGGAGCCAACAUGAACUGUAAGGAUAGUUUAGGACGAACUCCUCUUGUGGCUUUUCUUCAUAAUGGUGGAGAUUGGCCAUUGGUAGAUGCGAUCUUCUUGAAAGGCUUCAUGAAGAUUAAGUGUGGAAAGCCAUUCAACACAUCUUUCUUUCAUUUAAUGUGUUAUUUCUCUCCAAAGCUUGAGGAUAACAACUUUUUUCAACAAAUCUCGUGUGAUGAUCGAACAUGUUCAAAAGAGAGUUCCUUAGAAAAAGCUGUUGAAAGGCACCGUUUGAAGUACAAAGUAAUCGAUUCUUGUUUGGAUGCCGAAGGAUUUACACCUUUACACAGAGCUGCUCAGGGUGCCAACAAAGUUGCUGUUCGUAACCUCAUAAAAAAUGGUGCCGAUGUGUCCUUACAAAGCCCACAGGGACAUGACGCCCUCACGCUAGCUAUUCUUCAUGGUGGAAGUAAUUUAUGGCCUUUGAAGAGAACUCAAGUUGAACAACUAAAAAUGAAUGAAGCUUCUGAUGUGGCUUUAGAACUACUUCGUUACAAAAUGAAAACUGACUUCCAAAUUGUGUGUGACUCCAGCAAAUCUGAACUGACUUUGUAUCAUUUGGCAGCCUCUCGUGGGCUAUUGAAAUUUAUUAAGGAGAUCUUCAGGGACGGUGAACUUCAUAGGUUAAAUGUUGAUUGCCCAAACAAGGACGGAAUUACUCCAAUGUACUUGGCCAAACUGUACAGUAGUAAUAUGAUCGGAAUUGACCUUUACAACCCUUGGGCUGAAGUUGUACAGUUUAUUGAGAACCUGGGAGGUCAAAUACAGUAUCCAGACAGAGAUGCUGAACUACAUUUGAUCUACAACCGUUUGUAUGGUUGGAUUCCAACGGGCUUCAAACUGAAUCCUAGGCCUGACGUUCGCAGUUUUGUCAUUCGACUUUUAUCUACUUACAAGAAUUACACAUCAAUGGACUGCAGACCCAAAUCAGAAGUAGUCCCAGUUAUCAAUGAGAUUGGUAACCCCUCUUUAACAUUGAAAAUUUCAAAAGAACUAUUAAGCCAGCUAGAACUGCUUAAUCACCAGGGCUCUUUUGUGAACAUUGUGACACUUGCUUUACGGGAUUUGAAUAUUUGUCAGAAGGUAUAUCAGGCAUUCUAUUAUUCCUUUUCGAAAUGUACAAGACACUCGGAUCCUGCAGUGUUCCGGUUCAAGCUUCCACUCAAAAUCAAGUUGUACCACAUAAACUCACUUCUUUACCAUUUAAUGAUGAUUUGGCAUAAGGAAGUAUUCCAACACUUUGCAUGUUAUAAGAUAGUCUUCGAUAAUAAUCGGCCAUUUUUCCAGGAUGACAGAAAAUCUAAACAACUUAUUGAGCGGUAUGAAAACAGCAUUCCGCUUUGGUAUCUGCGAACAAUUUGUUUAUGGUUGCACAUUGGAUUUGGUUCCCAUUACGUUCAUCAUUCAACCAACGCUAAUUACCUAGAGUUCAACGCAUAUUUUUCCAAGCAUCAAAGCUUCGCAUGGAAGCGCAUGGGAUGGACUGUUGAUGACGAGAGUAAUCCUCAUGUUUGGCCGUUAGAAUUUCUAGUUAAAUUUUCCUUCGACCUCUAUCGUAAGUACGACUAUAUAAAGAUUCUUAAUGUUGGACUUGAACCAAAAACUCGAAUUUCUUUGCUUACAGAAAAAUUAAGGAAAAUACUUUUAGUAUCAAGAACUCGUUUUAAGCCCCCGUCAAGAUUUCUUUGA